UUUCAGUUUUUCCCGGGAACUCGACGCAGCGUGUUGUCUUGGCACCGCUAAGCCAGCGCCAGAGCCAGAGCAACAGCCAGAGUCAGAGUCAGAGCCACAGAAGCUGAAGCAGAGCAUCCAUACAGACGGAGCCACAGUGAGAGCCGAAGCCGGAUCCGGAGCCAGAGCCGAGCUCAGUCGCAAAUAUUCAGCAUCUUCUGGUUCUAAAAAACAUAAUUUUUUGGUUUUUUUUUUUUUUGAGAUCAAUUCAAAGAUUGUUUUUUGUGUUUUUGUGAGUGCAACUAAUUAAGAGUAUUGUUUUUUGAACAUUAACUGAAAACCAAGGCAAGCAAACAAAAGGAAAAGCAAUCCGUUGCCGAAAAGAAAAUUGCUCAGGAAACCCACACCCCCAAAAGCAGGUAAACACGAAAAUUGGCGAGGAAAAUUAUCAUCGAGUCACGUAAUUAAAACGAAACGUAAGACGAGCAGGAAGAAGCAGCAGCAGGCGAGUAGCAACAGGCAAAUAUUUGCAUACCACUGGAAGAGAGAGAGAGAGAAGGCGAGAGUGUGCGAAGGAAAACGCUAACGGGGCUAAUAAUAAACUAAGGCGCAACUACCGCGUUAACGUGGCCAUAACCAUUGCCCGUUACGGCUACAAAUACACUUACAUUUACUGCUGAUAAUAAAACGUCGCAUCGUGUCGCGCCGCAUCGCAAGCAGCACCAAGCAGAGGAAAGCAGGCUGCGAAGCAGAGUGAUAGCAGAGGCAAGCAGGGCAAAGCAGAGCCAAGCAGAGAGCACAGGAGCGGCAGCGGCAGCGGCAGCGGCAACGGCAGCGGCAACCAAGUUCCUGCUGUUUAUGCAAACGCCGACAGCCAACAUAAAGGCACACUAAACAGAAAGAGAACCGAGUGUGAGAGAGACGUCGACGUCGACGUCGUCGUUGAGACGUUGAUUUACGGCCUGCCUGGGGAACCAGCAGCAGAGCAUAAGAGACGGUCGCCGCGACAGUCAAAGCGACAGCCAGAGCCACAGCGACAGAGACAGCGGCAGAGACAGAGACAGCAGCAGGAUGCGUGGCCGUCACUUGCGUCGACGCUUCAGCCUGCAGCCGUCCUUCAUGAAGGAUGACAACAACGAGGAUAAGCCGAAGCGUGACAAAGUGGGCAGGACCAAUGUGGUGGACGAUGCCAUCGGACCGGCCAAUGCCCGCCACAAGAUCGUCGUCAUGGGCUCCGCCAAGGUGGGCAAAACGUCGAUAAUCACACAGUUUCUAUACAACACAUUCAGCACAAAGUACAAGCGGACCAUCGAGGAGAUGCACCAGGGCAACUUCUCCAUCGCCGGCGUCAGCCUCACCCUGGACAUCCUCGACACGGCCGGCUCCUACGAGUUCCCGGCGAUGCGCGCUCUAUCGAUAUCCUCGGCGGACGCCUUCAUCCUGGUGUACGACGUCACCGACAGCAGCACCUUCGAGGAGGUCCGCGCCAUACGCGACCAGAUCCACGAGACGAAGGCCACCACAGCGGUGCCCAUUGUGGUUGUGGGCAACAAAAUUGAUUUGCUUGCCGACGGCCACACAGAGCGUGAGGUGGAGUACGCCACCACAGAGUCGGUGGUGACAGUCGAUUGGGAGAACGGAUUCGUCGAGGCCUCGGCCGCCAGCAACGAAAACGUCACACAGGUGUUCAAGGAGCUGCUGACCCAGGCCAAGAUCACCUACAACCUGAGUCCGGCUCUACGGCGUCGCCGCCAGUCGCUGCCCCAGCAGAUCGGUAACAACGGGCCGGGCACCCCGCUCCACCAUCAUGGCCAUGGCCAUCAUGGCCACCACCACCACGGCGGGGCCGCUGGGGGAUCAGCCUCCGGAUCGGCCUCCACAUCGGCGGCAGCGGCGGCCGGAACUGCCGGUGGUGGCCAUGGCUCGCAUGCUCCGACGCCGGCACAGCUGCAACACCUGCAGCGCAUCCAGGAGCGGAGCAUGGGCGCCAAGCGCAACUCGUGCACCAUCUCCUAAGAAUUUACGAGUACGAGUAGUUUCGAACGAAGGCGAAGUCCAACAAAGAAUACAAUUAUAUACCAACUGAAGCUAAACUAAACGGUCUCCUACAAACGGUUUUCAAUAUUUCUCCAAUAAUACACUCAGAAUCAGACUCAGAAUCAGAAUCAGACUCAGAUGAUGAUUGAUCUUAACAAUACAAUACAAAUACAAAUACAAAUACAAUACAAUACGAGGGUAAAUGAAGCCUCUCGCCUCAAACGUACCUUGCUAUCUAUGUAUCUAUGUAUCUCUCAUGCUCUCUUCCGCUAUUAUCGCUCCAAUUACCAAUUACGUAGUACCUAUCCCAGUACCAGCCACGGUUUUUUAUUGGCAUCUCUUCUGCCUCUGGUUUCCCACUCUCAGCGCGAAAUAUAUUACUUACAUACAUACAAACAUACAUAUAGUAUACUCGUAAUCAAAUCAAAUGAAUGUUGUAGACCAAAGGUAAAUCUCUAGACCCCAAUAUUAGACCAUGAAAUUUACUCAUUCACAAGCAAGACUAACCGUAAAAGAACCCGACGUAAAUUUCCCCGGACCGAGAGCCCUUGAACCGUGAACGAACUCCCGCAACGUAACGGAGAUGGUAGAGGGCGAUCGAAGGCAAAAGCAAACCUAUCGUCUUUUAUAUGUGUCUCUGUGUACCUUUUAGCCGUGUUUGUGUGUCUAGUUGCAGCUUCCUUUUUUCACAUGAUGCAGGAACAUAUAGCGUUAUACAACAUAUAUAAAUAUAUAUAUAUAUACCGUAUACGGUACAUGCAUAUAAACGUACUUACAAUACAAUAUAUAGUAUCUGUGUGUAUAGAUUAGUGCUCGAACCCCAUUCCAUGUACCUAACACAGCGCAAGCGUAUUUUUGUAGACAAUAGGUCGAUAGAUCUGGGUUUCUCUUAUCGGCGCCAGUGUUUAGCAGCGUAAAGCAGUGUUGGAAAUGAACGAGAGAAACUCCAACAGAAACAGUACCAGAAAACGGAACCGAAAGCAAAUGCAUAGUUAAGAAGUCUUUUCGUUUCUUUUAAAGGGUAAUAUACCAAAAAAUACAAAAAAAAUACCCAACACACACUCUUAUCGAUAGGAUUAUGUGCGUGUAAGUAGUGAUUUUUUGUUGUUUACCGUUAGCUAGUAGCUAGUAGUGUUGGCUAAUUGUGCGAGCCUGGCGAGCGCAUAGUGCCACGAGGUCGAGAGAGAGUCGAGAGUUCGAGGAUUAAGAAAAAACAAAGGUUAAGAUUGAAAACGCAAUGAAAACACCAAAGACACCAAAAGCAAAUACAACUGAAUAAUGAAUAAUGAAUAAUGAAUAGAGAUCUAUAUAUAUUAAUAUACCUAUGUAUAUGGAGAUGUUAAAGGAUGACAGAUAGUAUUUAGGAGAGCAUGUUAAGGAUCGUUCAGAACGGACGAGCGGACGAACGGGCCAAAGUGAAACGAAGCUAUAAAUUCUAUAUGUAUACAAAAGUACAUGUUACAUUUUUACAUAAAUAAAUCAGAAUACCAACACCAUUACAUUGCACAUACAUAUACCCAUACCAUAAUUCUAGCGAUAGUCGACACAAACAUUGGCAAAAUACCACAAAUACAGAGAGUUAUAUUUACAUUGCAAGGGAAUACUAAAAUAUAAUAAUAAUACAACCAAACUCCGACAAAAAAUCAAAAAACCAAACAAAAAACCAAACAAAAAACCAAACUUUAACGACAUAACAUACUAAAGUAAAACUUAAACUUAAACUUAAACUAAAACUUAUAUUGAUAUCGAUAUCGAUGUGUUGCUUAACGAAAUGCAAACCUUAAAGAAUUUA